AUGCAGUGCCUAGCGGCUGUUCUUAAGGACGAAACCAACAUGAGUGGGGGAGGGGAGCAAGCCGACAUUCUGCCGGCCAACUACGUGGUCAAGGAUCGCUGGAAGGUGCUGAAAAAGAUCGGGGGCGGGGGCUUUGGCGAGAUCUACGAGGCCAUGGACCUGCUGACCAGGGAGAACGUGGCCCUCAAGGUGGAGUCUGCCCAGCAGCCCAAACAGGUCCUCAAGAUGGAGGUGGCUGUGCUCAAAAAGCUGCAAGGGAAGGACCACGUGUGCAGGUUCAUUGGCUGUGGCAGGAACGAGAAGUUUAACUACGUAGUGAUGCAGCUUCAGGGCCGGAACCUGGCCGACCUGCGCCGCAGCCAGCCGAGAGGCACCUUCACCCUGAGCACCACGCUGCGGCUGGGCAAGCAGAUCCUGGAGUCCAUCGAGGCCAUCCACUCCGUGGGCUUCCUGCACCGGGACAUCAAGCCGUCGAACUUUGCCAUGGGCAGGCUGCCCUCCACCUACAGGAAGUGCUACAUGCUGGACUUCGGGCUGGCCCGGCAGUAUACCAACACCACGGGGGACGUCCGGCCCCCUCGGAAUGUGGCGGGGUUUCGGGGGACCGUGCGCUACGCCUCAGUCAACGCGCACAAGAACCGGGAGAUGGGCCGCCACGAUGACCUGUGGUCCCUCUUCUACAUGCUGGUGGAGUUUGCAGUGGGCCAGCUGCCCUGGCGGAAGAUCAAGGACAAGGAGCAGGUGGGGAUGAUCAAGGAGAAGUACGAGCACCGGAUGCUGCUCAAGCACAUGCCCUCCGAGUUCCACCUCUUCCUUGACCACAUCGCCAGCCUGGACUACUUCACCAAGCCCGACUACCAGCUGAUCAUGUCGGUGUUCGAGAACAGCAUGAAGGAGCGGGGCAUCGCUGAGAACGAGGCCUUUGACUGGGAGAAGGCAGGCACCGACGCCCUCCUCUCCACAAGCACCUCCACCCCGCCCCAGCAGAACACCCGGCAGACGGCCGCCAUGUUUGGGGUGGUCAACGUGACGCCAGUGCCUGGAGACCUGCUGCGGGAGAACACGGAGGACGUGCUGCAGGGCGAGCACCUGAGUGACCAGGAGAACGCACCCCCGAUCCUGCCGGGGAGGGCCCCUGAGGGGCUGGGCCCCAGCCCCCACCUUGUCCCCCACCCCGGGGGUCCUGAGGCUGAAGUCUGGGAGGAGACAGAUGUCAACCGGAACAAACUCCGGAUCAACAUCGGCAAAACCCCCUGUGUGGAGGAGGAGCAGAGCCGAGGUGUGGGGGUCCCCAGCUCCCCGGUGCGUGCCCCCCCGGAAUCCCCAACAACCCCAGUCCGCUCCCUGCGCUACCGGAGAGUCAACAGCCCCGAGUCAGAGCGACUGUCUACAGCGGAUGGCAGGGCGGAGCUACACGAGAGAAGGUCGCGGAUGGAUCUGCCCGGCUCGCCCUCGCGCCAGGCCUGCUCCUCGCAGCCGGCCCAGAUGCUGUCGGUGGACACGGGCCACGCCGACCGGCAGGCCAGCGGCCGCGUGGACGUGUCGGCCUCCGUGGAGCAGGAAGCUCUGAGCAACGCCUUCCGUUCGGUGCCACUGGCUGAGGAGGAGGACUUCGACAGCAAGGAGUGGGUCAUCAUUGACAAGGAGACCGAGCUCAAGGACUUCCCGCCGGGCGCCGAGCCCAGCACGUCCGGCACCACGGACGAGGAGCCCGAGGAGCUGCGGCCCCUGCCGGAGGAGGGCGAGGAGCGGCGGCGGCCGGGGACAGAGUCCGCCGGCCGGCCCCGGGGACGCGGCGUGCAGACGCUGGCCCAGGAGGACCUGCGGCACAUGCCGCCCCAGCCCCCGCCGCCCCAGCUGAGCCAGGCCGAAGGCCGGUCGGAGACCUCACAGCCCCCCACGCCCGGCAGCCCUUCCCACUCGCCCCUGCACUCGGGACCCCGCCCUCGCCGGAGAGAGUCGGACCCCACAGGCCCUCAGAGACAGGUGUUCGUGGCGCCCCCGUUCGAGGUGAACGGCCUCCCCCGAGCUGUGCCUCUGAGCCUGCCCUACCAGGAUUUCAAGAGAGACCUCUCCGACUACCGAGAACGGGCACGGUUGCUCAACAGGGUCCGGAGGGUGGGCUUCUCGCACAUGCUGCUCACUGCCCCCCAGGUCCCGCUGGCCCCUGAUCAGCCUCAGGCCAACGGGGAGGAGGAAGAGGAGGAAGAGGAGGAGGAGGAAGAGGAAGAAGAGGAGGAGGAGGAGGAAGAAGAGGAAGAAGAGGAGGAGGAGGAAGAGGAGGAAGAGGAGGAGGAGGAAGAGGCGGUGGGCCUGGGGGAGGAGCUGGGGCCGCGCAGUGGCUCCAGCAGUGAGGGUAGCGAGAGGAGCACGGACCGCAGCCAGGAGGGUGCCCCGUCCACGCUGCUGGCCGACGAUCAGAGGGAGUCCAGAGGCCGGGCCUCCAUGGCUGACGGGGACCUGGAGCCAGAGGAGGGCUCCAAAACGCUGGUGCUCGUCUCCCCUGGUGACUUGAAGAAGUCGCCCGUCACGGCCGAGCUGGCCCCGGACCCUGACCUGGGCACCCUGGCUGCCCUCACGCCUCAGCACGAGCGGCCCCUGCCCACCGGCAGCCAGCUGGACGUGUCUGAGCCGGGCACUCUGUCCUCUGUCCUCAAGUCUGAGGCCAAGCCCCCCGGGCCCGGGGCAGGGCUUGGGGCUGGGGCGGUGACUGCAGGGACAGGGGGCGUGGCAGUCACCUCCUCACCCUUCACCAAAGUCGAGAGGACUUUCGUGCACAUUGCAGAGAAAACCCACCUCAACGUCAUGUGCUCCGGUGGACAGAGCCCUCGGCCCGAGGAGUUCAGCGCUGGGGGGGAGCUGGGUGUGGAGGUGCCUGCGGGUGGGGGCGCUGUGGAGGAGGGGCCCCCAGUGCCCCUGGAGAAUGGCAUCGCGGGGCCAGGGCUGCACGGGGCUGAGGUGCAGAGCUGCCCCCUGUCUGGCCCGCCUGGGGAAACCCGCUCAGAGGUGGCCACAGACUCACUGCCCAAUGGCCCGGCCCCUGUCGAAGGGCCAGCUCCCGUGUCCCCGCUGGAGCCAGGCCUGGAGAGAGUGGCCACCGUCUCUCCCAGCCGCCACGCCGUGCCGGGCCCUCGCCCCAGGAGCCGAAUCCCUGUCCUGCUGUCUGAGGAGGACACGGGCUCGGAGCCUUCGGGCUCGCUGUCGGCCAAAGAGCGGUGGAGCAAGAGGGCCCGGCCGCAGCAGGACCUGGCGCGGCUGGUGAUGGAGAAGAGGCAGGGCCACCUGCUGCUGCGGCUGGCCUCGGGGGCCUCGUCCUCCUCCAGCGAGGAGCAGCGCCGUGCCUCUGAGACACUCUCGGGCACGGGCUCCGAGGAGGACACGCCGGCCUCGGAGCCCACCGCCGCCCUGCCCAGGAAGGCCGGGCGGGCAGCUGCCACCCGGAGCCGGAUUCCCCGCCCCAUCAACACCCGCAUGCCCGUGCCCGCCACAGCCCAGCAGACCCCCAGCAGACCCCACGGCACGGCCCCAGCGUCUGACACAGCCAUCACCAGCAGGCUCCAGCCGCAGAAGCCCCCAGGGUCGACCGCUACUGCUGACAUCCGCCCCAAACAGCACCCCGCCGGCGGCGGCCGCAGCCCCGGCCCAGGAAGAGCCCAGGCCGGCGCCAGGCCUUCAGCUCCCCGCAGCCCCGGCCUUCCCGCCUCCGCCCCGCGCCACCCCAGCGCGUCCCCUCGGAGCCAGUCCCUGUCCCGCAAAGAGAGCCCUUCCCCCUCGCACCAGGCCCGGCCCGGGGUCGCCCCGACCCGGGGCAUCCUGCAGGCCCGAGCCCCGCCUGACAGCACCCCCUCCCCGGGGGGCCCCAAGAAGGGACCCAGAGGGAAACUGCAGACUCAGCGCGCAACAACCAAAGGCCGGGCGGGGGUGGCGGAGGGCCGGGCCGGGGCCAGAUAA